CUUAAUUAAUUCAUUAUUUAGCUUAUUUCUGUUUUGAUUAAUUCGAUAAUUUAUGACAGUUAUAAAUGGUUCCCACCUCAGUUCUCUUCUCCGUCCCUGCUUCCCUGCUUCGGAGAAGAAGAGAGAGAGAUGUUAGGCAAAGGCUUGAAUCACUGCUUCUCUCGCCUCAAGCGCCCUUCCCAUUCUGCCCCUCCGCCCAUCCCCCAUUCCCUGAAUGCCCCCACGACCUCCGCUUCUUCGUCUUCCUCGGUGGUCUUUAAAAGUUUCAAUUCCCUGUAUGUCCCCGCCGCCUCCGAAUCCGAAACCCUAACCCAAACCCGCUCCUCCUCCUCCGCCGCCGCCGCCACCGCUGCCGAGGGCUCCUCCUCCUCCUCCAUCACCUCCUCCUCCUCCGCCUCUGGCACCGCCGGCGCCCACUACGGACCCUGCCCCUCCGAACGCGAGCUCUCCACCGCCAUCGCCUCCCGCCGCUUCUUCCCGGCCGCUCCCGGCCCGUCGAACUCCAUCGUGGACUCGGCGGCGGUGGCCGUCGGCGUGGUCGGGGAAGGGGUCGCGGUACCGACGUACUCGCCGGACCCGUACUGGGACUUCCGGCGGUCGAUGGAGGAGAUGGUGGCGGCGCUGGGGCUGGACCUCCGGGUGCACGCCGUCCACCUCCACGAGCUUCUCCUCUGCUACCUCGCCCUCAACCGGAAGCACGCUCACAAGUACAUCGUCGGCGCCUUCGCCGACCUUAUCGUCGGCCUCGCCGCCGCCGAGAAGCACCGAUCCGAAGCCUGACCUCCUGUCCGCCGCCGCCGCCGCCGCCGGCGGAGGUAGAUCCUGGCUGUAAUCAUGCGUGUUCGCCGAUAACGGGCGCUUUUAUUUGGUUUUUCCUUUUCUUUUAGGAAAAAACCGGGCGGUGUGGAUGUGUUGCUCGGCUUUCUUUUGUACUAAUCUUAUACGUGAACAGAUCUUGAUACAAGUUGUUUGUGAGGAAGAGAGGUUUUUUCUUAGUUCGUCGUUAUCAGAUAUGAAGUUUAGUGUAGAUUGAUCUCUGCCGUCCAUUUGUUGAGACCUUUCAUACCCUACGGUCAAGGUUUCUUUUCGUAGCUUAGAGCUCGGUAUCUGAAAUGCUAGCAACUUACGGUCUGCACGU